ACGUCACCAACAGUUACCGGAUCUCAUUUUCUGUCGUUUAUGUUGAAAUUUCGUACAAAGCACUAUCGCUUAGCACAAAAACAAUGUGUUUUUGUUUCUUUUUGACCACAGACAUGUUGUAGACUUCUAACCAAGCUACGGCUAACGGCUAGCUCGGUUGUUGUCAUGGUCAACACGUAGAAGACAAAUGUAUGACUGAACGUCAGCGUAACGGCAUCUGUCCUUUAAAAAGCUUCCACUUUGUGUGAAGCUGAAGUCCCGCUGCUACUGGUGCUGCUGCUGCUGCUGCUGCUAAUAUGAGGAGGCUGAACAAGAAGAAGGCUCUGACUCUGAUGAAGGAGUUGGACGCCUUCCCUAAAGUUCCUGAGAGCUACGUGGAGUCUACAGCCAGCGGUGGGACAGUGUCUCUGAUAGCCUUCAGCCUCAUGGCUGUACUCGCCUUCCUGGAAUUCUUUGUGUACACAAACACGUGGAUGAGGUACGAGUACGAGGUGGACAGAGACUUCACCAGUAAACUGAAGAUAAAUGUCGACAUCACAGUUGCUAUGAAAUGCCAAUAUGUGGGUGCAGAUGUCCUGGACCUGGCAGAUACCAUGGUUGCAUCCGAUGGUUUAAUAUAUGAACCAGUCAACUUUGAACUCUCACCACCUCAGCGAUUAUGGCACAUGACUCUGCAGCACAUUCAGGAGCGUCUGAGAGUGGAGCACUCUCUUCAGGAUGUUAUCUUCAAGUCUGCAAUAAAAGCAGCUCCCCUUGAUCAAACUCAAAGUGAAGACGUCUCCACUGUCCUCACUGCCUGCAGGAUACAUGGACAUUUAUAUGUCAACAAGGUGGCAGGAAAUUUCCACAUCACUAUUGGCAAGUCCAUCCCACAUCCCAGAGGCCACGCCCAUUUAGCUGCUCUCGUCAACCAUGACAUUUAUAACUUUUCUCACCGGAUUGACCACCUGUCCUUUGGGGAAGCAAUCCCGGGGCUAAUCCACCCACUGGACGGCACAGAGAAAAUCUCUGCCAAUCCCAACCACAUGUUUCAGUACUUUAUCACCAUCGUGCCAACCAAGCUGAACACCUACAAGGUUUCCGCUGACACACAUCAGUACUCAGUCACAGAGCGGGAGCGAGUGAUAAACCAUGCUGUAGGCAGCCACGGAGUCUCGGGGAUCUUCAUGAAAUAUGAUAUCAACUCACUCAUGGUCAGAGUCACAGAGCAGCACAUGCCCUUCUGGCAGUUUCUUGUCAGACUCUGUGGCAUCGUUGGAGGAAUUUUUACGACCACAGGUAUGCUCCACGGUAUUAUUGGCUUCUUGGUUGAUGUAGUUUGCUGUCGUUUCCACAUGGGAAUCUACAGACGUCUCAAGGAGACUCCUCUUGAUUUGCAGGCAGACGGUGAAACCACAGCGCCUACACAAAGUUGAAAUCACGACAAAAAACAGACUGAGUUCACCAUCUUGGCCAAUUCCAAUGAUGAGUGAUGAGAUGCGGGGGAAAUGUUUACAUGUUGUUUCGUCAAAUGCAUCCUUGCUUUGUUCACAGAUGUGAAAAAAUGUAUUUUUAGUAUUUUUUUUAUUAAUGAAUGGGUGAGAGAAUCAGUCAGGAUUCAGGAUUAUGAUCAAUACCUCCACUAAGUUUCUAUCAUUGUCACUGAAAAUAUUUACGUUGUUAUUGUGUUGGCUCUCCCGUGGUUACACACUCAGGUGUUUUCUCUAAUAUGGGGCUAAUUCAGACUUUUCUCUGGGUUAUAAUAAUGUUUUAUGCAUACAUCGAUUGACAGAUGAGGUUUAAUCUUGUGAGGGAUGUUUUUUUGUGAUUCAUUUGUGUUCCUUGGUGACUUCAAGUUGCAAAGAGGUUUUAAUCUGCUAAUAAUGAAGGAAACAUCUAUGUAUCUGUGCAGCGGUGAAGGAGUAGGGUGUCUAAACUAGAAGGUUUUUUAAAUGGUUCCACAGCUGUGCCUGUGUGUGAGUGAAUGUUGCAAAUAUGCGGCUGAUUUGUUCAAUAAAUUCCUCCUUCAACUCCA